AUGUCCAAUGGAGAUUCCGAAGAUCCGCUUUCCAAGACCACAGCUCGUCUAUCGAUCUCACAAGUGGGUGCUGAUGGAGUAGAUGCAGCUGAUGCUCGAUUGCAAGUAGCUGAAUUCCUUCGGUCAACAAGACACGAAAGAAGAGACUCAGUAGUGUCCUUUGAAGAUGAGCCCACCCCAGCUGGAGGCAGUUCGGGUAGCAGUACAAACUCCAGCUCGAUGAAUGGGGUUGCUCCACAGAUACUCGUUCCAGAAUCAAAUGCUGCCAAGAGAAGACGGUCAUCUGUACAAACGAUCGUGCAAGCGAAAAAGGUACCUAAAAAGGCCCACAAGAAGAAGAUGGAGAAGAUUAGCCAGCCGCCACAGUACCAUAUAGUAGAGAAUUACAAGGAUGGGCUGAUCAAUGUUACCGUUCCUCAGUUGAGAGAUGUCGUUUUGUUCACCUUGACUCCGUUUAGUCCAAUGCUCCCAAAAUGGGUUCAAGUCAUUAACAAGACAGCUGUGAAGAAGGCUGUGGUGGUUAUAGUUCCAGGUUUGGUAGGUGCAGACUUCUUUGAAGAAUCAGUUCCAGAGCCCGAGCAAAAGGAGGAAUCCGUGACCGAAACUAAACUGUCGGACGCUCCAACAGAUGACACUCCAAAGACUGAAAAUGGAACCAGUACAGCUGCUGCAAUUGCCUCAGCAACUCCAGCUAAAUAUAUUCCGCUUGACACCCUUCCUUCAACGCCUCAAUUAUCCUUUUUUCACAAGAAUUUCAAAUAUUUGAUGAGAACAAGCGCACCUGGUACUAAGGACUCAUUGUAUCUGACCUACCACGCCUUGACACACGUCCCAUUCACUCCUAAGGAAAAGAAGAAGCUCAUGCAAGAUGGGAAAGAAAAGAAAUUGACUUUGUGGGACUUGUUGUUGGAUGGAGAGAAGAUGAAAAGAGGUGGGUAUCCUAUCCAUAAAGAUACCGUAACCAAGGCGACAACAGGUGAUGAUGUUGAAUCUAAUGCUACUGAUGUGCCAACUCUUAAAGUUGUCGAUGCUACUGCUCAAGAAACGAAAACAGUUCCAGAGUUAGAAGGAUCGAAUGAAGAACCAUCGACUGUUACCUCUGUGUCAGUUACCCUUGGGCCUGGAUCCAAAUUCAGUGAAUACCUUCCAACUACAGACUUCUCGCAUGAAGGUUCUCACACAUUUGCUCUUGAUUGUGAAUUUUGCCAAGCUUCCUCAGGGAAGGUCCUCACCCGAAUUUCACUUAUCAAUUUUCAAAAUGAAGUGGUUCUAGACAAAUUUGUGCAACCUUCUGAACCAAUUAUUGACUACGUCACCAAAUAUUCUGGAAUAACCCCUGAACUUCUCGAGGGUGUAACUACAACUUUGGAGGAUAUCCAGAAGGAAUUCCUUUCUAUUGUUUCCACUGAAGACAUUCUUAUCGGCCAUUCUCUUGAAUCUGAUUUGAACGUGUUGAAGAUUUCCCACCCUCGUAUUAUAGAUACUGCACUCCUUUUCGAACACCCUCGUGGUCCACCAGCUAAGCCUUCACUUAGAUGGUUAGCUGACAAAUACUUGAAACGUUCAAUUCAACAAGGUGAAUCAGAUGGAUCGGGCCAUUCGUCGGUGGAAGACGCCACUGCUUGUAUGGAUUUGGUCAAGUUGAAACUUCAAGAAGGAGCAUGCUUUGGAAUUAAUAUGACAGAGAUGUCAAUCUUUGAAAGGUUAAACAAAUCUGUAGGUCAAUCAGAUCAACCGUUGAAGUCCUUGGUCAUCGACAGUUCCCCCGUUCUGGAAUGGUUCGAACAACAAACACCAGAGGAAAAGCAUUAUGUUACCAAGAAACAAGCGUGCAAUGACGAUGAAGUUGUAUCUAUCCUUGAAAAGGAGCUUCCAGAUCAUUCACUUGCUAUUAUCAAGCUUCGUGAGUUGGAACUCUAUAGGGGCUGGUCACCAAUUCCUAAGGAUUACACUGGUGUUAUCAAUACUGAUGAACAAGAAGAAACCGUUAUUUCAAAUUUAAAUGCUCAUCUUGAACAGAUUUACCUGCUGUUACCAGCAGGUACAGCUCUCGUGGUGUGUACGGCUCAUGGGAACCCACUAGAAAUGAUCAGAUUACAAGGAAUUAGACGACUGUUCCAAAAUUUGGAACGUUCUGGUGCUUCACUCUCAGAUAUUCCACCAGAGGAAAGUUGGGACUUUGAGAAGUCUCUGAAAUUGCAAGAAGCAGCCACGACUGCUCGUCAAGCACUCUCAUUCAUAUGUAUCAAAUCUGGUGACUUAGUCCCAUCAACUUCAACCAGUCGUGAUGGUACAGCCAGUCCGGAUGGAAGUUCCAUCCAAUCAAAUGUAUAG